AUGCGGUGAAUAAUCACUUCAUAUGAUUUGUCCGUAUAUUUCAGAUGUUAUCUUAAGCCACAAUAAAAUGAGAAGUCUUAUCGUAUUAUCGAAAUAAAGAUCUUAACCCAAUUUUUACUGGCGGUAACUCUAGUUACCUGGACUCUACGUACAAAUAGCAUUGACGACGGUUAAUUCAUCCAAAAACAAAGGAUUGAGUUUGAUCAAAUUCGUUGAACACACCAAGGCACCACCACCACAACGAUGCUCCAUGAAAUAGAAGACUUGGCUCAUUACAUGAACCUCUCUGUGGAGGCGUUCAUCGCCAGCCUGGCCGCUCUGGGCUUGCUGCUGCUUGGUCUGUGCAUGUGCUGCUGCUGCGGCUGCAACACGCGAUGCUGCAGGAGGUGCAGACGACGAAAUAAGAAGAAAAAAGGGCCAGACGUCAAGUCCUUGCAGCAGCUCUCUGAGGCGGCUAAAGAAAGGGCAGAAAUGGAGGAGCUGGCGGGACUCGCCGAGGAGCAGGACGCCGCGUCAAGCAAACAGGAGGAGAAGCCAUGUCUUGGCCGCAUCCUGUAUAGAUUGGACUACGAAUUCGACUCCUCGACACUGCACGUGACGAUCCUGAGGUGCGAGCAGCUCGCGGCCAUGGACGUUAACGGCACGUCUGAUCCUUACGUCAAGAUCUACAUGCUGCCUGACAAAAAGAAAAAGUUCGAGACAAAAGUGAAGAAAAAAACUCUUAAUCCAGUUUUUAACGAGACAUUUACGUAUAAGGCCACGUACGCAGAAUUGAUACCCAAGACAAUUCUGUUGUGCGUGUACGACCACGACAGACUCUCGAAGCACGACCUGGUAGGGGAAGUGAGACUGCCUAUCUGCAUGAUGGACCUCGGCCAGACCAUCGAGGAGUGGAGGGAUCUGGAGAGAACAGAGAUUGACCCCAAGGCUCUUGGCGACAUCUGUUUCUCCAUCCGCUACGUGCCUACGACAGGGAAACUUUCCGUCGUCGUCCUUGAAGCCAAAAAUUUGAAAAAGAUGGACGUGGGUGGAGCCUCAGACCCGUACGUGAAGGUCUGCCUCUUCUACAAAGGUAAACGGACAAAAAAGAAGAAAUCAAGCGUCAAGAAAUAUACUCUCAACCCAUACUACAACGAGUCAUUCUCAUUCGAAAUGCCUUUCGAGCAAAUUCAGGCCACACAUCUGCAAAUCACUGUGGUUGACUACGACCGAAUCGGCCACUCUGAUCCCAUCGGGCGCGUGGUGCUCGGCAUGAACGCCACGGGCUUGGAGCUGCGGCACUGGGCCGACAUGGUGGCUAACCCACGUAGACCCAUAGCGCAGUGGCACAGACUCAAGGACCCGGAUGAGGCAAAUUAUGUUAUCACGGGGCAAAAACCGCCCGGACCCAAAGAUAAAAAGUCAAAAAAGGAUAAGAAACAAGAAAAGGAUAAGAAAACGGAGAAAGAUAAGCAACCUGAUAAAGAUAAGCAACCUGAAAAAGAUAAGCAACCUGAAAAUGAUAAGCAACCUGAAAAUGAUAAGCAACCUGAGAAUGAUGAGAAAUCAGAAAAAGAUAAUAAGGCGGAAAAAGAUAAAGCGUCAGAGAAAGAUAAGAAGCCAGAUAAAGAAAAGAAAAUUAGGAAGGAAAAUUUUUGAUGAG